AUGCCGGCGGAGAGGAGCCUCCUCCUCGUCGACACGUGCCCCACGCCGCCGCGCGCGUACCUCGCCAGCCUGGGCGCCGGGCGCGCCUUUGCCUGCUGCAAGCAGGACGGCCAGGCGGCGCGCGCGGUGCCGCUGGGCAGGCCGCACUCCGCCGCCGACGCGAAGGAGAAGGGGCGGCUCGCAAAGGCGGGCGCCACCGCGAGCGGCGGACUUGUCUGUGGGCUCCCCGUCUCGCGCUCGCUCGGCGACGGCGCGGCCAAGCGGGCCGCGCCGGGCGUGCUGCUCCCCAUGCCGGACGUGUCCUCCUUCGACAUCAGCGCCGCGCAGCGCUUUGUGCUGCUUGGCUCGAGCGGCGCGUGGAAGGGAGGCGCCGCCGCCGGCGAGACCGCCGUGCAGAAGCUCAGCGCGGAGCUCGCGCGGAUGGACGCGCGGCGCAACGAGAUUGCGGCGAUGCUCUCGGACGACUCCCGCCUCGCCCUGCUGGCUGCGGGGAGGGUGAAUGCGCUGCAGCGUGAGCGAGACGAGCGCGCAUGCGAGGGUGCCGUGCUCGCCGACCUCUCUCGCUCCCUGGCGGGAGGCAAGCAGCUGGCCGACCCGCCGUUUGCCCUCCUCCUCGUGCGGACCCUGCCGCCGGACGACCGCGCCGCGGAGGCGAAGGAGCGAGGUGCGGCGGCGGAGCAGGCCAAUGUGGUGGUCGACUUUUUCUAG